AUGGUGGACCCUACACCCGAGGAGAGGCAUGAAAUGCAUCUCUUCUACACCCCUUCCGGCUCCAGCUCGUCUGCCUCCUCCAUUUCCUCCUCCAUUUCCUCCUCUGACACUGACAUGAACUCCAACGACAUUCAUAUGGACGACAUGAAAAAGCAUGAUGACAGCUUGGACCGCCCGCCAAGUUACAGCCCCUAUCCCCCGCCCCCUCAGACCAAUUCUUCUCCCUCUCCCUCACCUCCUUCGAGCAGCAGUUCUCCUUCUUCUUCUCCCCCUUCUCCCCUGACUAGUCCCCCUCCCUCAAGCAAUCCAUCUUCUUCUUCUUCUCCUUCUUCUUCUUCUUCUCCUCCUCCUGCAUCAGCGGCAGCUACUACUACUACUGCUGCUAGUGAUAGUGGUAGUGGUAGUAACCACCCCGAGCCCGAGCAUCGUCCUGCUCCCCAGUCUUCUUUCUCUCGGCAGAACUUGGCCACCAUGUUCUUCAGCUCUCUUCUUAUCCUGUUGUUUGGAUACCUCCUCAUUGCAUAUGUGGUGAUUCCGGGAUGGAAGGAGGUGGUAGGGAAAGGGAAGGGGAUUGAAGCUAAAAUGAGGGGUGGUGCACAUGGGUCGAGUGAGGCACAAACCCAAUUCGACAUGGACCAGAGUAACACCACCGUACAAGUUCUUCCGAUGGAACUUCAUUGUCUCAAAUCAGCAGAUGACAACAACAACAACAACAAACGCAACGACGCUUUGAACGCUCGGGACAUGACCCCCUCUCAGACGGCGGACAAACCCUACCAUGUCUCCAACAGACAUGUAGUCCCGCAGUUGACGGGCACCGCAGUCCCCAAGGGAAUCAGUGCCGAGGAACUAGUCAGUUACAAGCCAGAGGAAUGGAUGCAGGCAGCCAGUGGAUUUGAGGUUCACAAUCAUCACCAGGAUACAACUUCCUCUUCCAACGAUGACGGAGGAGCAGCAGCAGCCCUGAGAAGAAGAAGUCUUCAGGCAGGUGGUGUUGCUCGUUUGCGUCGUCGUAAUCAUCGUCGUUCUGGUGUUCCCGAGCAGCCAGCAGCAGCAGCUGAUGAACCAAAGCUGAAACAAUUGUUCCAGCUUGGAUCGGGUGGUUGGUUGACUUUGACGCCUACUGGCACUGCUGCUGCUGCUGCUGGUUCACUUCCUACUAGCACUGGUAGUCUGUCUGCGCCCCCCGAGUCUGAUCAGCAACACCAGCACCAGCACCAUGGCCUUGACAGCGGACUCAAGAAAGAAGAGAAAGAAGAAGAAGAGGCCCCGCCGCCGCGUGAAGAAAUGGUGGAAGUUACCAAGACCAGGGGCAGAAGAACCAUCCACCCUAAAAUCCCGGUGCCUAUCUCCGCUUUGCAUCCUUCUUUAUCUACUGCUGCUGCUGCUGUGGACGAUGUCUCCAUGGACGAUGGAAGGCUGGGGAUGUCAAGUACUUGGCAUGAUCAUCUGCCUGUUGUUUCCCCUUCCUUGACACCGGCAGCGGCAUCAGCAACAGCAAAGCCUGAGUCGUCACCGGAGCAGCAGCAGCAGCAGCAGAAAAAGUCAUCCCUCAUCGAUACCAUGGAGGGUGCAGCAGCGCUUCGGUUUGGACAGACUGGCUCUAUGGAUGCUCAGUUUGUUAAGAGGGGUGGUGAGUCGUGGACUAAGCCGAGGAUUCCUGUACCUGUGAGUGUGAGUACCAAGGAUGGGGUGGCGGCGGCGGCGGCGGCGGCGGCGGCGAAUGCUACUCCUACUGCUGCCAAUAGGGAGUCUACCUCUAAGAAGACUUCAAGGGCGGUUACGAACUUGGGACAAGGAGAGAAGUAUGGGGCAGGAGCGGAGGGAGGGUUGCACGCAGAUAACUCGAAGAUGAUGCAGAAGGGGGGUGUACCUCUUGCGGAUGGGACCCGGGGGGUGUGCAACAAACAGAACUACUACCCCUCUUACAAUAACAACAACGUCGACGGCGUCAACCAUUACAACAAUAACAACAACAAAAACAGCUUUGCUCGCCGUCGUGAUCGCGACCAGCAGUACCACGGUUGGCCUACACUCACACCACCACCACCACAAGGGAAAAGUAGCGCCAGCAGUAGCCGCGCAGCAGGCGGCGGCGGCGAGUGGGUGGUGGGAAAUACACCACGAAGUGGAGGCAUCCACACUUUCGGAGGUCCGGGCCGUUAUUCUGCAGCUACUGCAGCAGCUGCUACUCGUCGCCCAGCAGUGACGGCGGCGCCUGGUACUGACGCUGGUACAGCAGUAGCUGCUGCUGGUCAUCAGUUGUAUGGUGGUGCUGCUGCCCCUGAGUCGUCUUCUUCUUCUUCUUCUGCAAGUAAGCAUGCUCUUGGUGCUGCUCUUGGUGCUGCUGAGAUGGCCACUGCCAAGAACAAGAACACACCUCGACACGCCGCCGCCGCCGCUUUCGUCUACCUCCGCCUCUGGGGCAGCGAGGAUCGGGAGGAAGAGGAGGGGGACACUAGCACCAUUAAAGCCACUGCUGCUGCUGGUACUCCUAACAUCAAAGGUAAAGGUAAAGGAAAGGUCCAUCAUGGACAUGGACAUGGAAGUUUCCACGCGCGCCGCUCCUCACGACCUGCUGCACCUGUCGUAGGCGUCACUCAUCAUCAUCUUGACUCGUGGGCCAACAACAAGAACAACAACGACGACGACGAGGUUAUUGAGUACGGCAGCAGCAGCAGCAACAACGCACUCAUGAAACUCCCUCGCUCGGGUGUUGUUGAGACGGGCGGUCUGAGCACCACCACUGAAGAAGACACCACUGAAGGCUCCAACGCCGCCGACGGGUCUUUGGAGGAGGAGGAGUCCGAGGAUCAAUCUCAUCGCUUGUCGUCGUCCGAGUCACCUGAGGAAGUGGAGGAGGUUCAGCAUCAUCGUCACAGUAACCACAAUGCUUUGAUUUCUUUGCAUUAUCCGAAUCAAAAGGUCAAGGAGUGGUGGAAUCACUUGAUCCGGGGACGGAUUGGGGGCGGUGGUAUUGAUCAACAUCAUCGAAAGGGGCUGAGCAAAAGGGAGAAGAGGAUGGUGAAGGAGACUAUUGACACGACGGACACGGCGACGGUGGUGGGUUGUGACGAGAAGAAGAAAAAGAAGGGGAUGAGGUGUGGUCUGGAGAUUGUCGUCUCCAAGACGUCUGCGAACGGUAGCUCCGUCACAGCCACGGCUUCAUUGACAGUCAAGGCAUCGCCCAAGUGGUGGGCUCCUCAUCCCCGUUUGAAGACGGGGACCUCUACAGCGUCUGCUGUCUCCGCCGCCGCCUCCGCUGCCUCUAUCCUCUCCGCCACUCCCACUCCUGCCACCCCCUCUUUCUCUCCCAGCCCAACAACUCCCACUCCCGCUGCCACUCCCACUGCCACCCUCAUUGCUGCUCCUCCCGCCGGCGCCGGCGCCAACACCAACAAGCCCGGCACUACCCUCAUUUCCUCCUCCCUCCCCCCGGCCGAAAAUAACAGUAAUCUCCCUGGAACUCCCACCACGCUUCGCAACAACCCCAACCCCAACCCCUCCAAACCCCAGUUUCCCCACCGAAAGGAAAUCCGCGGCUACCCAACCGACUCACCCGACUACAUCGACUCCCACGACGAAUCCAUCGAAGUCCCAGGCCUUUUGGAAAUCCACCUCUCGCCCGAGGAAGCCAAGCCGGAGAUCAUGAACGCCAAGUACGACUACUGGGAGUUUAUCAUGCCGCCCGAUCUGUACUUUGUCUCGGACAAGAACUCGCCCUUCAAUCCGUACGGGCAGGCCGAGAGGAGGAGGAGGAGGGGGAGGGGGAGGAGGAGUAACCUGCUAGAAACUGGAGGUACCUUGACUUCGACCGUGGAAGAGAACAACAAAAGAGCGGAGGACGACGCGGGAAGAGAAGGAAGGGAAGAAAGGGAACAUGGAAGAGUACAUGAAAGGGAGGGAAGAGGAGGAGAAGAAGAAGAAAAGUAG